UCUAAUAUGCAUAUAAUUUUCACGUGUACUUCUGGGCGGAUUGUGUUUAUAUGUGGCACAUAAUAAUCAAGGGUUUUCAUAUGGAAAUUUUCCAUUAGUUAUGUGCGGAUUAUUUUGAGCAACUUCGUAAUCGCGGACAACUAAAAUAUAAGUAAUGCAGUUUCAAAAUGCUUCAUAGUCGUCACUGUUAAAUCACAGUUUACAGUUAAUCGCUAAUGGAUUACAACGAUUCAAAAUGAAACAUAUUCUACAACAAUCGAAUUUGGUACAAUUACAGCGAUUUUAUAUGAAUAACAAAUUGAAGUACGCUUUAAAUACUUGCCCACAAACAAUUGGAAAAGAAAAUCAGCGUAAACGGUUGUAUUCAGAUUUUACACAAUCGAAAACUAAAUUCAUUAUAAACAGUCAACAGUCAGGUGUCGAAUAUAACCAUCAUAAUGAGUCAAUUAAGAUAAAAACACGUGAAGAAACAAUGAACUCUAAAUCAAAUAAAUUGAUUGAAACAUACAACGAAAUACCGAAAUACUUGAAGCUUACAAAGAACAACCCAAUGUUUGGAUAUCUUAAGCAACUCGUUGCAUCACGCAAGAAAAGAGAGCGUGAGAAGAAACUGGUACUGGAAGGAGGCCGUCUGAUUUUAGAUGCAUUGCACGCAGGAUUAAAUAUUGACGUUUUGCUCUUUAACGACAUUAAUGAUUUAAAGCAUUUCAUAGAACUAAGUAAAACAGUUCAGCUUAUUCAAUUGGACAGCGAUAUUAUGCAGCAAUGGUCAAAUUUAGUGACAUGCCCAGGAUUAAUAGGUAUAUUCCAUAAACCAAAGAACAUGGACAAUAUUAUAAUAAAAAAUAGAACCACACCAUCGCUUCCAAUUACAGUCAUUUGCGAUAAUAUUCGAGAACCCAAUAAUUUGGGCAGUAUUAUAAGAAGUUGCGCGGCCAUACCAGUAUGCAACGUUGUGCUGAUUAAGGGUUGCACUCACCCCUGGGAACCAAAAUGUUUAAGAGGAAGUGCUGGUGGACACUUCCGAACUCAAAUCAUUGGACCAAUAGUAAUGAAUGAUUUGACCAAGGUUGUUCCUUUAAAUGCUUGUUUUCUAAUAGCAGACAAUGCUAAAGAUGGGCGAGACGGUAAAUUUUUAGUUGGUCGAUAUGAUCUUAUUGACUACUGUGAUAUGAAACAUAUAAUCUUAGUUAUUGGAGGCGAGACACACGGUGUUAGUAAUGAUUUGCGACGAUUCGCAGAACUUUUCUCCACCGAUUCUAAAACAUACUUUGUUCAUAUACCAUUGGAAAACGGUGUUGAAAGCCUUAAUGCAGCGUCUGCCGUUUCUGUAAUUCUUUGCGAAAUUCGCAAACAAUUAACUGUGAAUCAUUGAUUUCUAAGCUAAUUUAGAAUACCUAGAGCUUAAACUACUCGUAAAAGUAUACAAUAAUUUUUUAUUGUGAACAUGGAUUGUAUAGGAAACAUAAAUUCAAAUUUAUACAUUUUUGUUUUUUAUGGAAUGAAGUUGGUCAUAUUUCGUAAAAAAUUUAAUGCGUUAUAAUUAUAUUUUGAUUUUCCGUUUUUGAUUUCGAACUCGAAAACAGAUACUGAAGAAGCCUGCAAUUCGUCGGCGAAAUACGUAUCUGUCAAGAAUAA